AUGAUUAAAGACUUUUAAGAUACUUACGAAGAUGCUAAAAAGGGUGGUGCGGUUUUAGCUGAAAGUAUAAACAAUUAAAAUUUAAUGGGAAGUUUAAAUAUAGAUUUUAUGGGCCACAGUUUAGGUACUGUAGUAGUUGCCUAUGCGUUGAAGAAUUUAUCUAUUCCUGCUAGAUAUUUAAUGCUUUUUGGAGGAGCUGCAACAAUCACAGAAAUUGAAGGCUCUUAGGAAAAGUUUUAAAAGUGUUAUAAUUUCUAUUCUGAUAAUGACUAAGUGGUUUAAUAAUUUCUAAAUGAGGCAAAGCUUAUUGGCAAUUAAGAUUUUAUAGGAACAAAAUCAUUUGGUUAAAGAAAAGAUAAAUUUUUCAAUUUGAAUACAAAAAUUGAUAACCUAAAUUAUAUAAUUAAAUAUUAACAAUUCUAUGAUCUUGCAAUGGCAGAAUUUAAUAAGCCUUAUAAUAGUAUAGAUCUAAUUGAGAAACCAAAUAUGAUAAAAAUAGGAUUUGGAGGAUUAUUACUUUAUUUAUUUUAAAAAAAUUCUUAAAGUAGUUAAGUAUCUGUCAUUUAUCUGUUUAUUCUCUACAUUUCCUAUUUGUUUUUAUGA